AGUCAUUUAUACAUGGUGAAAUCAAGAUGUAUUUAAUUUAUUUUGUCAGCCAUGUGCAUUGGUAUAGAAUUUAAAAUGAUCUCAUACCUCAAUACCAGUGGCCCAAUAAACGCCGAGCGGUAUGUUCACGUGACACAAACCAGCCAAUAGGCGUAGAGAGAUUUGAAAUUGUGCGUGGUCUUUGUUCACGAGUCCCCCGUCAACGUUACUUCAGUUCCGUAAAGAGGGCCUUGUGUCAGUGUUCGUUUAUGUAUGGUCUCUGCCUAAAAUCGCAUAUUUUUCGGCUAAAAAUUUAUAUGUGAAAGUUGUGAUUUUUUUCAUAAGACAACAACGUUUCGUCCAGACUGUUUAACAACCGUCGCGUGAAUGUUGGACACGGAGAGCAGACACAGUACCGGGUUGGAUCAAGGGUCCACAAGGGAUCCUUGGCUCACGAUGGACUGCUACCUAGGGACAGACAGCGUAUCCUUGCAGGAGAUGCUGGAUGUUGACAUAAAGUGUGAAGUCGAAGGAGUCAUCGGAGGCCAUCCAGAGCUAGGCUUCAAUUUCACCGAUUUGUCGCCCCUUGAGAUGGAUGACAAUCCCGUCGGCUGUCAGGAUGAUAUUAAUGGCUGGUUUGGCUCAGCUAGUCUGUUGAAUGGAAAUAGCAAUAGUUCCAACAGCAAUUUCAAUUUGGAUAUUUCUGGAGGAGAAGCAGCUUCGGUGAUGGUCAAUCCCAACUCUGUGAUGCCACACAUAACUGUGAGAAGUCCAAGUCCGCACAGUAAUCAUCGCUCUUUUUCUCUCUCUGUGAAAAAAGAUAUCAAAGAAGAGAAAGUCAAUGUGGAAGAUGAGAACGAUUCGGACGGAGAACAGUAUGAGCAUGAUAUGACAGAAACUGAAGAUGAGGAGGAGGAAGAAGAGGACGGAGAUGAGGAGGAGGAGUCGGAAGACGAGCAAGAACUUACAACGACGAUAAUUCCGCCCAAACUAAAGCAAAAUUCGCUACCUACAAACACUAUGAUAAAAACCAUAUCUCCUCAGAUACCGAAACCUCAAAUGCAACAGAAAUUAAACACAGUUACGAAUAUAAAAGUACAAAACUUCAAACUACUUCAGAAUUCGCAUCACGCUCAACACGUUAGAAAACAAAACUACAAUAACAACGUUCACAACACAGUUACGACAAUAAAAAGGGACAAGGAAUUUGACCUCUCAGAUUACGACGAAAGACCAUAUCCAAAGCCGGCGUAUUCAUAUUCCUGUCUCAUAGCGAUGGCACUGAAGAAUAGCCACACAGGGUCUUUGCCAGUUUCGGAAAUCUACAAUUUUAUGUGUGAACAUUUUCCUUACUUCAAGACAGCACCGAAUGGUUGGAAAAAUUCUGUAAGGCACAAUUUGUCGCUGAAUAAAUGUUUCGAAAAGAUAGAGAAGCCUGCAGGUAAUGGCAAUCAGAGAAAAGGAUGUUUGUGGGCGAUAAAUCCGGCGAAGAUAGCGAAAAUGGACGAAGAAGUGCAGAAAUGGUCAAGAAAGGAUCCUCUUGCAAUUAAGAAGGCAAUGAUCUAUCCCGACCACUUAGAGUUACUAGAACGGGGUGAAAUGAGGUAUGCGGGGAGCGGCUUUAUGUCAGAAGAGGCGGAAAGCUCUGGCGAUGAAACCGCGGAAGAGAAUACAACGUAUGAUGAACCUGUUCAUAAUCAUAUUGCAGCAAAUUCUGUAACAGACAGUUAUGACGAGAGCAGUCAAGAUUUUGACAUAGAUAUUACUGAACAUAUCUAUGAUGAAAUUGAUAUCGAGGAUAAUAAGGACACAUUGCACAUGCAGCUAAAUAUCGCUAAGCAGCCAACGUUUAAAUAUCAACUUAGUCCUAGCACGAAGAGACAAAAAACAUUGACGGGAACGUUACAAAGAAACUAUGUCUACCAACCUGUUACGACGACACGAAGGAAAACUCCUCUACUCUUAAGGCCAGGAGCGACGCCGAAUUCAUACCUUAAGAUUGAAUAAACGUUAGAAUGAAAUUGACGAAAAAAAUUCAUACAUUUUCACUGUAUAAAAAAUGCAUCAAUUUUUUUUCUACCUCCGUUCACACUGGUAGUCGAAUUCUAUUGUGAAAUAUCGAUUUGAGGUGUCCAUGUUAAUCUAAUUUACCAGUUUCUAUUCAUUGUCUUUUUUCUUAAAACUCUUGACUUUCUACUCUAAGUCGUAUUCUGGAAGUUCAGUGAAAUUAAUUCAUUAUUAAUUACCCUCUUGUUACUUACUGUACCUAACUACCGUUUUUACGUAUUUCACUUUUAUUUGAAAUGACUAAUACAAUAAUAAUAUAACUCGAACAUCGAAGACCAAACCAAAAAAGUUCGCAGUACUUUUAACUUAUCCAGAUAUCAUUUUUUCAUCUGAUAUUUUCUUUUAUCACAUUUUUAGCAACAAAACGAUUUCAUUACAUGAGAAACAAUUGCAAUGGGUACAAAUUAGAGUAUUGACAAAUUUUUUAAUUUGUCAGGAUCGUGACCUGAUCUGAUAAAAUUAAUGAUUAUAUAGUUCGAAUUUAUUGAUUGGUUAGUUUUUUUUUCUCACAAUAAUAAAUGAAACAGAAAUGUUUGUAUUAAAUUUAUGGAAAACAGCUGAACAACUGCAAUUUUGAAAGCAUGCAAAUCAAGUCUCACUUUCAACAUAGCAAGACUUUCUAUAAUUAUGCAUCUAACUGGGUAAAAACAGUUACAGAUUUUGAUUACAUGGUAACGUUUUGAAACUUUGGAUGAUGAGCAAGUAUAUUUAGUAGAUACUACUUAAGAAACAAAAAAGAAAAACAAUUUAGUGCUCAUGCAGUCAAUUCAUUACACAGCAAAAUUUUGCAGUGUUCAAGAAUUCCCUAUUCGCACAAAUUGUGUAUGCAAUAAUAUAUUGCUAUAAAUAAGUCUUACGAAUAUAGAUUUUGUACUAUUGUUCAAAUCCGUUUGGUUGAUUUAGCUGGAAAAAAAUUAUUUUCAUCGGCAGCAAUCUUAAGAUUUUAGUGUAUCAUUUUUUUAAUUCGAACACGGUAUAUCGGAUGUUUACCAUAUCUAGUGAAAUUGAAAAUAAUACUAAAAUUUGAGGGACGUUUUACUACCAGUCUUGUCACUCUUCGACAUGUUGAAUCCGAUCCAAUUAAAUUUUGAACCCAAAUAUAUAGACAAAUUCACAGAACACUUUGUAAUAUGUGUAUAGGUUCGUUACUAAUCUUGUCUUUUAAUAACGCUUACCUUCUAAUAGUGUGAAAGAAUACUUACAUCAUAAUGGUGUAAAAGUACAACUUUUAUUCUAAUUCUUACAUAAGUUUUUUUUUUUUUUUUUUUGCAUUAUCUCACUACACAAAUUGUCUUUACAGUCAAAAAUUUUUUUCACGAGCUAGUACUUUCAAUUCUUACAAUAAUUAUUCUCCAUCGUUUGCAUUGAACAACUGUAUAGAAUUGGCAAAAUGACACAUGAUAUAGAUUAAGCAAAAUUACUCAAAACUGGAAAAAAAAAAUUGUAGAUCAAUAAGUAUUUGGUCAAAUAUGUUGGCCAGACUGAUGUAUUAUACAUUUUUUUAUAUGUUGCUGGACUAAGUAAAAAGUGUAAAUGUUUUUAAUUUUUUUUUUUUUCCAACAUAGAGAUAACUGGAUAUAUAAUGCGACUUGACUUAUUAUAUGUAGAGUACAAAGUGACAGCUAUAGGGAAAAAUUUGAAUUGUAAAGUUUUGUAGCAUAGCAAGUCAAGAAUGAUUAUAUAUAUAUCCACUAAUCCUGAUUUAAACAUAUAAGUAUCAAAUUCCAUUUCUUUCUUUUACUUGUCGGAAUUUGAAAGUUAAUUUGAAUGUUCAUUGUCUAAUUUGAAAACAGGUCAUCCAGUUUUAGGCCAGUGGUAUGUUAAAUAAUUAAAAAAUUAUGAUAUCGAAAAAAGAUCAUUUAUUAUUAGUCUAAACAUACGAUACUACUUAACAUUUUAGUAUGAUAAAUAUAGGUGACAUCGGUAGGAGUUUGUAAAACCACUUGCAACGUUUCGAUCGUAAAUAUCGUUAUUUGGGUUUAAUAUUUCCGACAAAUUUUAUAUUUUCACGCCUGUGAUGAAAAGCAAUUACAAAUUGUAAAAUCCCCGCUAAUGAAAUUCGACUAAAAUUGUAUACGAGAAAAUGGAGCAUAGGCAACCGCUGCACACACCCCUUAGUACAAAUCUACUAAUUAAAACCUAGAAAAUGAUUUUCAAAUGUUGCAUUUGGUUAGGUCGGAGUCACUGGUCGUCAAGCAACUACAAAAGAGAGUGCUACAAAUGUAUUACUAAUAAUAAGAUUGUGCAAAACUGUAUAUACCUGGUAACCAAAAGAUGGUAAACAUCUAAACUCUAGAUGAUUAAUCAAGGUAUGUAAUAUCAGAGGAUGCAUUCAUUGUAUCAUGAAAAAUAUGAUAUCAAGUGCAUGCGUGAUGCUAUAAAAUUUCCAAUGACGUGGAAGGUUCCAGCUACGUUUUAGCUCUGUUUUACAAUCGUUGAAUGCACGUUACCAAAUUUCAAUUGAACUUUGACUUGCAUUUAACUAUUUUGUGGCAGAUUUUAUCGAAAUCAUUCGUCACGGAACAACUUGCUUCGCCCAGUCAAUAACGGCGACGAUAAUACGGUUUCAUUUUCAUGCAGAUAGAAAUCGUAAUUAAUAUCUCACUAUAACUUUUGAAACGUGAUCUCAUUUACGACAAUGACAAUUAAUGGUGAAACCGAUGCAGUAAAUGUUCUUUACCUUUAUCUGACAAUAAUAUGUGUUUUUCAUUUUAAUUUCAAAAUGUUUUCUUAUUAUUUAGACAUUUUGGAGCUGUGACUUGUUGACUCACAACUCCAAAAGGUCGUAUUUAGAACAAUUAUUAUUUCAGGAGUGCUGCACAAAUAAUGACAUCCUGAUGAUUUUUCUUGUGAGAAAUACAAAGUUUAAUUUUAUGGUGUACAAAGUCUCAGCAAAUAAAUUAGCAUUAAAAUGGGACCAACCACACAGAACUGUUUCUUACGAUUAGUUACAGAUUUAUCGUAUAAGUUCUUUUUUUAAGUUUACUCUCAUAAGUAUGAUCUGGAUCUAUUUAACACGGAAUAGAUUUUGUAUAGCCAGUGUUUGUAUUGUUGUAAAUAAUUUUUUUAGAAUAAAACACGUGUAGUUUUUAAUUUAUACACAUACAUUCAUUUUUUUCAUCUACUUUUAAAGCAAACCGUGACCCACUUGAUAUUCUUCGUUUUUCUACUUGUAUACUUUUAUUUUGAUGAACAACAAGAUUGUAUUUCCAUUAUUUGCUAUAAUGUUCUGAAAGCAAAGAAGCUACUUGGAUGUAUAUUACGACCCAGAAUUGGCCGCUAAUCAAUUGAUUAGAAUUUUUGAAACGCUAGAAAAUUUCAAGGUGCCUAAUCUUCUUCAUAGGAGUAACGAAAAUCGUAGUACAUGUGGCAAUAUGGAGUAAAUAUCUCGAAAAUUAGCAAUUGAAAAAAGUUAUUCACAUGCUGUGCAUCGUACGAAAAACAAUGAUACACUGAUACGAUCAUGUUAUAUCGUAUCAUGCUCUUUGAAAUUUUUUUAUUUUAUUUUUAUUUCCUGGGAAUGCUGUGUUUUAUCAAAAGUUGUCAAUCACUCUUCAAAAGGCUGUUUUGCAGACGAGCUACAGAGUGCUAGAAAGUGUUUUCCCAUUAUUCCUAAAAAGAAAUAAUUUUAAACUUUUUCUAUUCCAUGAAUGUUUAAUGAUGAAUGAUGAAUUCCUCUCUAACAAGAACGAAAUAGUUUAAGUUAUCCCAGUAAACUGAGUUCGAUUAUUAAAUUCGACAUUUGAAAAAUUCCGGAUUGGAACAAAUUGAAAAGAAUUGACCGCUUCAAAAUGAAUUUCCGUUAAACCGGAAUUUUCCAAAUCAACUUAGCAUGGAAUAGUCAGUUUAUAAUUAUGCUAUAAAGUGCUAGACAUUAAUUUUCAUCUAUGUAAAAUGCUGGCUGGAGAUUACGAAACUAUGCCAUGUAUAACUCAUAUUAUAUACAAUGUACGUAUAAUGUGUAGUUUCGUAUAAAAAUAAUGAACAUAAUGGAGUACACAUUGUUUAGAUGAACUUCUGUAAUAAAAUGUAGUCUAGUAGAUUUUGUACCUGUUUAUAAAAUUUAUAUAGUAUUAUUAUUAUUAUACCAUUAGCCAAUUGGACAUGGUUAUUGAAUAAA